AUGGGCCGAGACCCCCCCUAUUUUACCCUGCUCCUUCCAUUGGCGCCUGGGCGGAGCCGCCCCCACGGCGGGGCCCCAGGGCGGGAGGGAGUCGAGGCCGGGGCAGAGGGCGAGGGCGAGGGCGAGGGCGGAGGGCGCUGGCGGCGGCGGCCGCGGAAGAUGAGCAGCAGCUGCUCAGGGCUGAGCAGGGUCCUGGUGGCCGUGGCUGCAGCCCUGGUGUCUGCCUCCUCUCCCUGCCCCCAGGCCUGGGGCCCCCCCCCAGGGGUCCAGUAUGGGCAGCCUGGCAGGGCCCUGAUGCUGUGUUGCCCUGGAGUGACUUCUGGGGCCCCGGUGUCCUGGUUUCGGGACGGGGAGACAAGGCUGCUCCAGGGACCUGAUUCUGGGCUAGGGCCCGAGCUGGUCCUGGCCCGGGCAGAAAGCACUGACGAGGGCACCUAUAUCUGCCGGACCCUGGACGGUGCACUUGGGGGCAUGGUGACCCUGCGGCUAGGCUACCCUCCGGCCCGCCCCGUUGUUUCCUGCCGAGCUGCCGACUACGAAAACUUCUCCUGCACCUGGAGUCCCAGCCAGGCUAGCGGUUUACCCACCCGCUACCUCACCUCCUACAGGAAGAAGACUGUGCCGGGAGCUGAUGGCCAAAGGAUGAGUCCAUCCACAGGGCCCUGGCCAUGCUCACAGGACCCCCCUGGGGCGGCCCGCUGUGUAGUCCACGGGGCAGAGUUCUGGAGCCAGUAUCGGAUCAAUGUGACGGAAGUGAACCCCCUGGGGGCCAGCACCCGCCUGCUGGAUGUGAGCUUGCAGAGCAUCUUGCGCCCUGACCCGCCCCAGGGGCUGCGGGUAGAGUCGGUGCCUGGCUAUCCUCGCCGCCUGCGUGCUAGCUGGAUGUACCCUGCCUCCUGGCCCCGCCAGCCCCACUUCCUGCUCAAGUUCCGGCUGCAGUACCGCCCAGCACAGCAUCCAGCCUGGUCUACGGUGGAGCCAGCUGGAUUGGAGGAGGUGAUCACCGACGCCGUGGCUGGGCUGCCCCAUGUCGUGCGGGUCAGCGCCCGGGAUUUUCUGGAUGCUGGCACCUGGAGCUCCUGGAGCCCCGAGGCCUGGGGGACUCCAAGCACCGAGCCCCUACCGAAGGAGAUACCAGUUGGGGACCAGCAGCACACACAGACAGAGGAAGAACCUCAGGCGGACAGCCCCGCUCCCCCAGGGCCGUCCCUUCUACCUGACCCUCGGCCACUUGACCAUAGAGACCCCCUGGAGCAGGUGGCCGUGCUGGCAUCUUUGGGAAUCUUCUCUUUCCUGGGACUGGUGGCUGGGGCCCUGGCAUUGGGGCUCUGGCUAAGGUUGAGACCAGAUGAGAAGGAUGGACCCCAAAAAUCUGGGCUCUUGGCCCCAAUGAUUUCAGUGGACAAGCUUCCAGGAGUCCCAAACCUGUAG